AUAAAUCACCCAUACCAAAGCGGCAAAGCCAAAUCAGCCAACUAUUUUGGCUUGAGGCGUAAGUUCGUAUACUCCGGUCGGGUUUAGUGAGAUCGAGGCGAGUAUAUUUCAAAGUUGAGUCGCGCCAAAUUAUUGUGUCAAUGCGAAUCAAAAUUUGAAAGUUUUGUCAGAACAAAUCGGAUUAGAUUGAUCGGAUUUUGACACCUCUUUUUCUCAAGUCUGUUCGCAACUAAUUUGAGACAAAAGAUACACGGUAUAAAAGGCAAAAAAAUCCCUUCUAACUCUUAAAAAUUUGAACAAAGCCAAGCCCCCCAACUUUAUCCUAGAUCUUCCUUUCCUCCCGCUUGGCAAAGCUGUUGAUCAAUCAAAAAUGGCAGCAUACAACCGCCAUUUCUUGACCUCUCAAUACUAUCAUUUCUGAACUUCCAUACCAUUUCUUUCUCUCUUUCUCUCAAUUUCCCUUCUCAUCUACAUUACACAAGGAAGAAUAAAGAAGUAAAAUUAAAAAUGGGAAAAGGAUCAAAAGAGCGCGCAAAGGAGCGUCGUGAACGUAGAAUUACAGAAAUUUCUCUGCUUCGCACAAUGUCUUAUUCUAAUCAGCGGUGGUGGACCUCUGAAACUGUUGCAGUAGUGACUGGAGGUAACAGGGGAAUUGGCUUUGAGAUUAUUCGGCAACUUGCUGGUCAUGGGAUGACUGUUGUACUGACCUCAAGAGAUACUGAAGUUGGUAUUGAGGCUGUGAAAGUUCUGCAGGAGGCUGAUCUGUUGGUGGAUUUCCACCAAUUGGAUAUUGUUGAUCCUCAGUCGAUCAAAGAGUUCGCUGAAUGGAUCAAAGUGAUUUAUGGCGGCUUGGAUAUUUUAGUAAAUAAUGCAGGUGUCAAUUUCGAUGUUGGAUCAGAGAAUUCUGUUGAACAUGCAGAGCAGGUUAUUAAUACAAACUACUAUGGCACAAAGAAUUUAACUGAUUCUAUGAUUCCUUUAAUGAAACCUUCUUCAUUUGGUGCUCGUAUUGUUAAUGUCAGCUCAAGGCUUGGCCGAUUAAAUGGCAGAAGAAAUAGGAUUGAAGAUGUUAGCUUGAGAGAACAACUAUCUAACGACGACUUGCUUACAGAGGAGUUGAUUGACAAUACUCUGAAAACCUUUCUGCAACAAACAAAAGAUGGUAGCUGGACAUUAGGUGGGUGGCCUCAAAACUCCACUGUGUACUCAAUGUCAAAGCUUGCUGUUAAUUGUUACUCCAGGUAUCUGGCAAGAAAACUGUGUGAUCGACCUGAGGGUGAAAAAAUUAGUGUAAACUGUUUUUGCCCUGGCUGGGUAAAAACUGCCAUGACAGGUUGGACUGGUAAUGUGUCUGUUGAAAUCGGUGCAGACACUGGUGUUUGGCUUGCACUGCUUGCUGGGCAGCCUGUUGUCAAUGGAAAAUUUUUUGCUGAAAGACGUGAAAUACACUUUUAAGAAACUUUGGCUACACCUUGAAGGUAUUGGAUUUAGUUUCUCUGGGUAAUUCUUUCAUGAUAGAAUUACUGUUUAUCAUAUUAGUGAAAAGCUGAAAACAUACAAAUUUUGUAAUUAAAUUGAGGCAAGUCUUAAAUGGUUUAGGUGAUAGGCAUGGUCAUUACUAGACUAAUAUUUAACUUAACAAUAUCUCUAAUCAGAGAUUCCUCGAUGGCAUUUCUGUUUUCAAGUGUGUCGGAAAGUAAUGUAUGGACUAUGCUCGUUUUAGCUGAUUUGCAUCUGCCCUUGGUGUUGGCAUGUAUCCAAAAUUAGCAUCCUCUCUGUACACGAUAGCUUCCAGCGACUCGUUUUAGUCCCAUCUAUAUUUGCUGGAGUAUGGUGCUUGCUCUGUUUCUUAAAAACUACAUUUACAUUGUUUUGUAACUGGAAUCUGUAUGUUUUGCUUAUUGUGUAAUGAAGUACCAUUAACUCAUUUUGGGAUGGUUAUUGAUUAUGAUAGAUAUUUUGCAA